AUGCGGCUGUCCACCUUUGCCCUCGCCUUGCGACUCCCAGGCGCUUUAGCGGCGCCAGCAACGAAGCGAGAUUCUCCAGCCCCGUUGAUCAUUCCAAGAGGGGCUGCCUUAAUUCCCAAUCAGUAUAUCGUCAAGCUCAAGGAUAACAGCGGUGCUGCCGCCGUCAGCGACGCCCUGGCAUCUGCCCACGAUGAGGCUACCCACCGGUACAACAAUGUGCUCAAGGGGUUCGCAGGACGAAUGGAUGCGGCGACCGUUGCACGUCUUCGCAACGACCCAAACGUUGACUUCAUCGAGCAAGACGCCGUAUCAAGUAUAACGGAAUAUGUAACCCAGUCGAAAGCCACUUGGGGAAUUUCGCGGCUUUCCCACCUGAAGCCGCACAUCAGAAACUACACGUAUGACUCGACUGCUGGCGAGGGCACCUGCGCCUUCGUGCUCGAUACCGGCGUUUUUGCCGAGCACCCGGACUUUGAAGGCCGAGCCAAGAUGCUCAAGUCGUAUGUCCCAGGCCAAGACACGGACGGCCACGGCCAUGGAACCCAUGUGAGCGGCACCAUUGGCAGCAAGUCGUUCGGAGUGGCCAAGAAGACCAAGAUCUACGGGGUCAAGGUCCUCGACAACAAUGGGAACGGAAACAACACGAGCAUCAUGGAGGCCAUGGACUGGGUGGCCAAGUUUGUCCGCUGCGGCCAGUGUCCGAAGGGAGUAUACGUCAACUUGAGCUUGAGGGGCAGGUUCUCCGUCGCGUUUAACAAUGCAGCCGCCGCUCUGGUCAAGGCCGGCGUGUUUGUCGGCGUUUCGGCCGGCAACGACGGCGACAACGCCGGGUCGUACUCGCCGGGCGCGGAGCCGACCGUUUGCACCGUCGGAGCGAGCGAUAACGACGACAACGUCCUCCUCUGGUCCAACUACGGUGAGGUCGUGGAUGUCUUUGCUCCCGGCCAGGAUAUUCAGUCAACCUGGAUCGAUGGCGGAUGGAACUACUUGGACGGGACUUCAAUGUCCACUCCACACGUUGUCGGCCUGGCGGCCUACCUCGGUGCCCUGGAGGGGAUCUCCGGCGGUGCGGUUUGCGAUCGCAUCAGGGCGCUUGCCAACAAGGGCAUCCUGAAGAACAUCCAGGACGCGGGUUCGCCUAACCUGCUCGUUUUCAACGGAUACCCGGCGGCGACCUAG